UAUGAGAAUAACUUAAACCGUGUUUUAAGUGUGAUUCUUAGAACCGGUAAAAAAAGGAUGGCUACUUCAAAUGGAAAAGGUGAGAAAGUGUCCAAAUUCGAGACUUUGAAACAUUUGGAAAAAUGCCGAAAAGAAAGAGACGACGCAAUACUCAGAGAGAAUGGUCUUCGGGAAAAACUGAGACAAUACGAAUCGAGAAUGCGUUCAACAGAGGCACUUAAACAGAAACUGAAGACCUUGACAGUGGAUAAUAAAGAGCUGCGGAAAAUGGUCAAGACUCUACGGCAGGAGAUAGGACUUGAGGCCAGUCCCAAAUUCAAUGGUAAAUCCACAAAGGACAUAAUUAACGAUUUGCAUGAGAAAGAACGUCAGUGCAGUUCCCUGGUUGAAAAAACAGGAAAAUUGAGUUUGACUAUUGAUGAUUUAACAUCGGAGUUGGCAAACACUGUUACCUCCAAAACUCUGUUGGAAGAUCAGGUGCAAUCAUUGCAGCAAAAUCUAAAGGACAUGACAAACAACCAGCGACGUUUACUGAAAUUGUGGGAGGACAAGAAGUCUCAAAGAGAGCAGCUCACUCUACCCGCAAUUGCUCAAAGACCCGGACAGAAACCAAUAGCCCAUAAAUCAAUCCAGACAGAGAUGUCAAUCAACCCUGCUCAGAAGCUUCCAAUCAACGCAUUUGAAACCAAACCAUUCCGCCGGGAUACAGAGAAAAAAUCAAGUUUAGAAAAGAUAGAAAAAAGAGGUUUAACAACAUUUGGAAAUGGUUUUGGAAGUGGAAAUCAUCAUCGGGACAAGACUGCAUUUGUUCAUGAUGACACUAAAUGAAUCAAAAAUGUAUGGAUUUACAGAAACCUGAUUUUUACAUGAUUAACUGGUUACAGUAAUCGAUAGUAUAUAAUAUAAUUUUUUAUAAAACACGACCAAUAGGGACAAUUAAAAUGACGAACGAACAACGAAAUUUACUGAAUAUUGAUUUAUGCCAUAGAAAUGUCAGUCCGCUGAAACUGCAGAUUAUCGUUUUGUAAAUGUAUUUUUUGUGUUUCAGUGUAGGACUCUGUUUUUUUAGCAUUAAGAGCAUCAAAAUAAAUAGUUAAUUGUUUCGUGGACCUUUUUUAUACAAAUAGCAAAUUUGUUGAAUUAACAUAUCCAAGAAUAUAUCCCUUUUUAUAUAAAUUACAUAAACCUUUCAUCUAGUCAUGCAACAACUGUGACUGACUUUUAGGAACAGGUUUCCAAGAAGUUUCACUAAAAUGCAGGCAAUAUGAGGGCCGGACCUAAAAUGGGGGCCUUGUGGGGUCCUUGAGUGCAUGUGGCGCGCGAUAUGGGAAAGAGUCCUGCAAGCGAGAGAAUGGCAUUUGUUUAGGUUCGCCAGUAUCUUAACACCAUGUUUUCUGUUGACCAAAGCUGGUUU